UUAUAAUCAGAAAUUUAGAUACAUGGGUAGUGUUUUUGGUAUAUCGCAAUAGGAAGUUUAAAAACCUGUAGAAUCACCAAGAAAACCAAUUACAACCUUACCCACUAUUACAUCUAUUUGUUCAAUUUAAUAAAACUAGAUAGAAAAUAAUCAAAUUUUUGUGCCAGUCAAGUGUUGUCGAUGUAAUAAAUAUUUAUAAGAUAAUGAUUUUUUUCUAUUAAAUUGUGGACAACAAACUUGCUUGUUUAAAUUUCACAAAUUUUGUUUUUACAAAGAAUUAAAUGAUUAAAACAAAAAAGCAAAUUUGCUUUAUUAUAAAUGUAAAUGUGGAACUAAAAUUCCUUCAAAAUUUUUAAGAAUUUGUGGAGCACCAAACAAAAUGUAGUUACUAUCUUCAAUUCAUCAAAAAUAAUUAGAUGCUAUUCUAAAAUUUUCAAUUUUGAGAAAACAGAAAGAAAUCCUUGAAUAUUGCAAUUAAAACAAAGCAAAAGAGCAUGAAUUAGAUUUCUUUUUAGAAAAAUAAGAUUUUCUUAUGUAUGAAGAAACUCCACAAUGA